AUGGUGGCAGAGAGCAAGCCCACGUGGAGGGGGACCUACCAACGCCAGCCCACGGAAGGCCAUGCGCUGCGUGGCGCUCCGUCCGCGGAGCGUGACUUGCGCCGCGCAACGAGCAGUGAGCAGGGGCUCGUGCGCUUCUCGGGCAACCUGAAGGACCUGCAGGGAGUCUGCAAGAAGAAGGCAACCAAGGUUGUCGACCUGGGGGGAACGACUGUCUACAUGGAUGGAAAGACGGGGAAGACGAAGCAGCUGUCGAUCAAGCGCAAGGGGAAGAAAACGGCACCGCUGACGCUGCGCAACGGGACGAUCGUUAUUCACCGCGACAUGAACCCCCGCGUGAACAAGAAGGGCAAGGUCCUCGACGCCACGGGUGCCGCGAUCGUUCACAAGGCCGGCGGCCUCAACCUGGAGAACAUCACCAUCUCCAACCCCUGGGGCCGCGGCGUGUUCAGCGAGGGCAAGACCGCGAAGCUCAACAUGACGGACGUGACCAUCGAGAACUGCGGGCACAACGGGGUGGACAUGCGCGGCGGCACGCAAGCGGUGGUGCGCGGGUGCAACAUUCUCAACAACGGCGGCAGCGGGUGCGUGAUCGACGGCGCGGCGUGCAGCGCGCACAUCUCACAGAGCAUGAUCGCCGGCAACAAGAACUGGGGCGUCGGCGCGUGGAACUGCGCCACCGUGUACAUCUCCAAGGACCAAGGCAACGCCUUCGCGCUCCCGGAAACCAUCGCGUUCUCGGACCCGCUCGUGCUCCCCGACCCGCCGAAGAAGCCCAAGAAAGAGAAGAGUUCUGCUAAGAAGAACUCGGCGGCCGAGGCGCCCGAGCCGCCCGCCCCCGCGGCCCCGGCGCCCAGAUAUGGCGUGCUGCCCAGGAUGGGCGUCCUGCCCGGCGGCGACGGCGACUCCACCGCGCCGGGGACGCCCGCGACCGCGCAUGACGCCAGUGCGCAUCUGGCGCGCCUCUCGCUGGGGGAGGCGGGCGCAGGCAAGGACGCGAUGAUGGCGACGCUGCCGAACGUGCCGGCGCCGCGAGCGAGGCCGGAGGAUGAGGCGGUGGCGAUCAAGGAGAACGGCGAGAUAGGCGUGUGGGCGGGGUACGGCGCGGUGGUGCACCUGGGGGGGUCCACGCAGCUGGGGUCGCACGUGGGGAUCGACGCGCAGGAGAAGGCGGGCGGGCGCGUGAUACGCCAUGAGCGCGGGUGA